AUGAAUUUUAAUUUAUUAUCUAACUCAUUAUUAUACAUUUCUAAUCAUAAUAAUCAAUUAAAGCAUCAUCAUAACUCAAGAUUUAUAAACACACCUAUAACAAAUUUUUUUUCUAUUAAUUCAACAUUAAAAUUUGAUUCAAAUAUAAGAUUAAAAGAAAUUGUUAAAUAUGAUAAUAAAUUGGAUAAUAUUUAUAACGAUUUUACAUAUAAUGAUAAUAUUUCACAUUAUGGAAAAUCAUUUACAAAUGAACCUAUAAACAAAAUUCAAGACAUUGAUAAUGAUAUUGACUCUAUUUUUAAUAAUAAACCUUUAAUCAAUUCAAUUCAUAAAGUUCUAUCUAAUGAAGGAUUCCAUGAACUUAAUGAAUAUCAAAAAUCGUUAUUUGAACAAUUAUCUAAAGGAAUGGAUGUAAUAAUUCAUAGUUACACAUCUUCUGGGAAAACAUUUGCUGUGUUGCUAUACAUGGUUCUUAAAUAUUAUUAUCGAAUUAAUCCUCAAAUAUUAACAUCAAAUAAAUUUAAUGGAUUAUUUAAGAAUUAUAAAACAUUAAAUGAAAUAAACUAUUCGAAUGAACAUAAUAUUAAAAAUAACAAAUCUAAAUCACGAGUAUUGAUAUUGUGUCCAACUAAGGAGCUCGCUGUUCAAUCAGCUAAACAGGUAUUUAUAAAUUUAAUAAAUGAUGCUCAGAUUUCUAAAUUUUCAAAUAACGAUGAUAAAGUAAUUCAACUUAUUAUCGAUGAUAAAACCGAUAUAUCUCAAAUAAAUCAGGAUAUCAUAUUCAUAGUUGGAUCGAGCAAUGAUUUUGAAAGAUUAUUAUUGAAAACUGAUAAAAAGAAUACAAGAUCGAUUCUUCAAUCAAUUGAUUAUGUUUUUCUUGACGAAACUGAUAGGCUAAUUAAAGUGCCAAAUCAAUACUCAACUGAAAAUAAAAAACAGAAGUUAUACAAUAAUCCAGGAUCCGCAUAUAACAUAUGCGAAUCAAUAUUAAAUCUUUCACCUAACAAUGUUAAAUUUGUGUGUGCGUCUGCUUCUCUAACAAGAAAACACUUAAGGAAAAUAAACAGAUUGUUUGAAUUAUAUCGCAAAGGAAACGGAAACUGCACUUCAUUAAUAAGGAAUAAAAUUAAGGCGACUGUUACAGGAAGAUACGUCACUAUUCCUGACAGUGUUAAACAUUACUACUCAUAUUCACAUGAUAAUUCAAUUGAUUCUAAACUAAACAAAUUGGUUGAAUUGUUGAAAAAUAAUACAUCAAAAACAAUAAUAUUCGUCAGUAACGGAUCAUUGAUUAAAAUUAAAAAUGAAAUAAAAAAGAAUAAUAUUGAGUGUAAAAUAUUGCAUCAUGAACUAGGAAUUAAUGAUGAUAUAAAUGAAAACAUUAAUAAAACUAAAAGGAAAUCAAAUGAAGAUGUUUAUAAUAUAAUUGAAAAUUUUAAUAAUAAAUUUAAUGAUGAAAAUGGUAAAUUUAUUAUUAAUAACAUUAUUAAUACAGAUAAUACGAUAUUAAUCGAAUCAUCAGAUUCAGCAAGGGGAAUUCACAUACCAUCGCUUGAAAGUGUUUUUAUAAUAGGAAGACCGAGGAAUGUAAAUGAAUAUAUACACAUAUCAGGUACUGUGGAUAGUGAUAUAGAUGUGUAG